AUGGUUCGUACGCGCGGUACCACCGAUCGUGGUAAUGCACCAAGGCCUGGCAUGCCUAGAGGUCGUCCUCAUGAGACAUGUAGGGGAGCAGCACCAGCUCCGAACCCGGAGAUAGAGCCGGAGCUGGUAGAGGAGAAUCAGGACGCUCCUAUUUAUAUUCAGCCAGAGGGACCACCACCACCAGCACAGCCUCCAGCUGCACUAGUUAUGACCCCAGCACUACAGGCAGCGAUUGUGCAGCUCCUCAUGGCUAUUGGGGUUGUACCACAGGCCCCGACUCUAGUAGCGGGCAUACCAGCACUACAGGAUCCGCCUGUUCAGCUAGCACCUGAGGUUCAAUUGCCUCCACCAGUUGUUGCACCCUUGUCAGCAGUUCCAGAGGGUAUGAUUUCAUUACAAGAUCAGAAUAUGUUAGGGGUAUUUCAGAGGCUGUCGCCUCCGAUAUUUUCUGUAGCCACUAGCGAGGUUGCUAGCGAGUUUUUGACUACCUGUCAAGAGUAG